AUGGAAAAACAUCUACAAGAUCUCACUAGUCAAAUGUCUUCUAUGGAUGAAUCCAGCAAUCAAUUGGUAAGAGUGUUAGAAGCAAGGGAGUCGGCAUCUCCACCUGUGAAUACGAGAUCUAGAAAACAAACCGACGGAAUGGGAAAAUUAUUGCUUCCUCACUUUGAUGGAACUGAUCCUGAAGGUUUGAUAUAUAAAGUUGAACUCUAUUUUGAAUUUUAUGAAACACCACCACUACAACAGGUAGGGUUUUCAACUGCCUUGCUUAAACGAUUUGGAAGAAAUCAUUAUGAUGAUCCGGCUGCAUCACUUGCAAAGCUAAGCCAAAUGAGUUCUUUAGCUGAAUACCAAGAAGAAUUUGAAAGAUUAUCAAAUAUGGUGACUGGGUUAUCCGAGGAUUUCUUGAUUAGUUGUUAUAUUGGAGGGUUGAAGGAGGAACUUCGAUUGGAAGUACAAUCAUUUAACCCAUUAACCCUGGUGAAUGCAAUUGGAAUUGCUCGAUUACAAAAUGAUAAGUUGGCAAUUUUAAGUAAAGGUUACCGGAACUAUCAGAAAACCCCUGUGGUUGCAGCUCAACCUUUAGCCAUCAAAGCAGCACCACAAGCUACCAAUUCACCCCCUAUUAAACGGUUAACACCUGAGAAGCUGAUGCAAGGAGAGGAUGGGAACAUUGGCGAGGCAGAACAAGAGCUCAGUGAUGAUGAGGAUGGUGAGGAAACAGCGGAAAUAUCACUUCAUGCGUUAGCUGGGUCUUUCACGCCUCAAACAAUGCGGGUGCAAGGUGAAAUUAAACGUUUACCCAUUACCAUAUUAAUCGAUACAGGAAGUACGCAUAAUUUCACUGAGCCUUCAAUUUCUAAGCGGGUGAACCUAAAAUUCGUUAAGGAUACUCAAUUUGAAGUUAUGGUAGCUAAUGGAACCAAAAUACCAUGUGUUGGACUAUGUCCAAAUUUGGAGUUUCGAUUACAAAAGCAUAUGUUCAGUGGUGAUUUUCAUUUGCUCAAGCUUGGUGGUUGUGAUAUGGUAUUAGGGGCUCAAUGGUUGCAGACAUUAGGACCUAUUACUUGGGAUUUUAACAAGUUGGUAAUGGAGUUUGUGUCACAAGGCAGUAAAAUUCGUCUUGUGGAUAAUCAAACUUUGAAAACAAAGGUGGCUUCUGCACACACUAUGCAGCGUUUGAUUGCUAAAGGUGGUCAAUGGGUAUUAUGUCAGGUCUGCUUGAAUCCUACAACAGACAAGACCAUCUCGAUCCCUAAGGAUAUUCAGGAUGUUAUCGAUGGAUUUAAAGAAGUGGUAACGUGGAUUAUGCAACUCCCUCCAGUCCGUGAGCACGAUCAUAAAAUUAACUUGAUACCAGGAUCUACUCCCAUUAAUGUGCGGUCGUACCGGUAUACCCAUUUCCAGAAAGCAGAAAUUGAGAAGGUGGUGAAGGAAUUACUGGACUCUGGAUUGAUUCGACCAAGCACGAGCCCUUUUUCCUCUCCAGUACUGUUGGUGAAAAAGAAAGACGGUAGUUGGAUAAUGUGUGUGGACUACCGAGCUCUCAACAAGGUCACAAUUAAAGAUAAGUUUCUGAUACCUGUUAUAGAAGAACUUUUAGAUGAAUUACAUGGUUCCAAAUAUUUUACAAAAUUAGAUUUGCGUUCAGGUUACCACCAAAUUUUAAUUCACAAACCUGACAUAGGUAAAACAGCUUUUGGAACACACGAUGGACAUUAUGAAUUUUUGGUUAUGCCCUUUGGAUUGACUAAUGCACCAUCCACUUUCCAACAUUUAAUGAAUGAUAUAUUUCGCCCAUAUUUAAGAAGGUUUAUUUUGAUGUUUUUCGAUGACAUAUUGAUAUAUAGCAGGAAUUGGGCAGAUCAUUUGAAUCAUCUCAAGACCAUAUUCAAGUUAUUCAAGGAUAAUUAA